ACUAGAUAUUGUUCGGAAAAAAACUAUGCUUAACCGAAAAACCGACGACGAACUCCUGUUUCAAUUGAGCAUGCAGGCAAGUUUCAACUCCUUCCAACGUUUCGACAUCAGUGGUGGUGGUUAUCAGUACAUAAAUACAGACUGGAUCAUGGGUUACGUGAACAACAUUGCUGGCUACUUUAUCAUCCUUUACCAAUUUCAACCUGCGAUGGACAGGAGCACGAAGAGAGAAUGGGAGCGUCGACGAAACUUAGGAAAAUUUCUGGCCAAUUUGGAAGGACUUGUUCCCGAUCAUUACCACAGUAGCGUCCCUCCACGCGCAAUAGUUUAUGGGCCCGUGAAUUAAUGAUCAAAGUGCAGAAAUUUCAUUAUACAUACUAUUUUA